AUCAUAGCCAAUCAAUAGCAAAUUUUGAUUUUUAGUUCUGAGACAUUUAGUUUGGAAAUGUGAUUAAAAAAUAGUGUGAUAAAGCAAUUCUUGGAGAAGGUUGGAGGAAGAGAAAGAGGUAGACAUACAGAAUCCUGUGAAGGGGGUGGGAAAUAGUUUCCUCGUUCGCGCUGAUUGGCGCAGAUGUUGACUGGCUCAGUCCCUAGAGGGUCGGAAACGUGGGAAAGAAGGGUAGUGGUAACCUGUGAGACACAGAAUUCAAAACUCUGAAACAGCAUUCGAAGGUUUAAAACGAAAGGAGCAAGUCGUUAGGUGAAAUUGUCCAACAUUUUCUGUUUGUCACCAAGUGUUAUUAUUUAGUAAGCGUCUACUGUUACAUCUUACAUACACGACUUGUAUUCUUAAAUCAGCAAAAAUGAUUCGACAUCAGUAUCUUGCGGGCAGAGCAUUAACAAAGAAGUCUGUAGCAACAACUAUCCAGUCUAUUGAGGAGGAUGAAGGAUAUGGCACUUCUUCUCCCACCAUAGACAGCCCACAGUUGAAUAACAACAUUUUCACUUUCGUAGAGCCUUCUGUUGGUCCUACUGCUCCACCUGUUAGUAAGGUUUCGGAAGAUGAAUGGUCUUCCCUGGAAAAGGAGUUAAAUCAAGUUCUGAAUAUGCAGCCGUUGACUGAGUCUCGUGUCAAACCUCCAAGUGUAUUUAAACUUGGAUCUACCAAAAUGUCAAUCUACUCCACCACUGCUGCGAACAAGCAAUCUCGAGUUAAUUGUCAAUUUUGCGCCAAAAACGGAGAAAUUCGCAGCGUGGUUGAGUCCCACACCUUACGCCAUCCAAUCACCCGUGCUAUUAUUUGUCCAGUAUUGCGAAAGUACGUUUGUGAGAUGUGCGGGGCAACAGGCGACAACGCUCACACCAAGUUUUAUUGUCCGGAAAAUCGCAGCCGGAAGAUAGCGCCCAUGGCUAUCCUGCUGAAAACUACCCGCAACAACGCAACCGGUAAACGGACUCAUAUGUGACCCCGAAUACAAUUCCACCACUCCGGGAAUUUAACUUAUUGUUUCUUUGGCACUGAAAUUAAGCGAUAUGCAUUUUGUGAUCGUAUCUAACAUCCCCCACAUGAAAUCUGGAAAAGUUGUAAUGAGUUUAAUCGUGAUUUAAUUUCUAAUUGUCAAUUUUUAUGUGAUCGAAAUAUGGAUCUGAAAAUAAAGAAAAAUAGCUGAA